GAUGGAACCAAACUUGCUCCCGCAAUUCCUGUCAUAACCACCGACUUUGAAUCCCUCGAUGAAGUUGCCUGGUACGGCAGCUUCUACCUUUUUUGCACAUGUAGUGUGCAAUUGAUGUUUGGAAAGCUCUAUUCAUUCCAUUUAACCAAAUGGAUAUUUUUCAGUAGUGUCCUCAUUUUUGAACUGGGUUCUCUGAUGUGUGGUGUCGCUCCCACCUCAACUGCCUUUAUUAUCGGGCGAAGUAUCUCCGGGUUAGGAGCAGGUGCUGUGCCACUUCGUAUUCGGUCAAUUUAUACCAGUCUUAUAUCUAGCAUGCACAGCGUCGCAAGUGUAGCUGGUCCUAUCCUCGUGGGACUGGUCAUAUUUUCUAUAAUUGGGGGUAUCAUCGCUUCUGCAAUUGGGUAUUACACGCCUCUAUUACUAAUAUCCUCUAUCAUCACCUCAGUGGGGGCAGGAAUGCUAACUACCUUGAAAGUCAAUUCAAUCAUUGGUUAUUGGUUUGGCUACCAAGUUUUGCUAAGUGCAGGAGCCGGAUUUGGUGUUCAAAAUGUAAUGCUUGUGCCGCAGGUGGCCGUUCCUGCAAAGGAUAUGUCUAUGGCAGUAUCGAUCCUUACUUUUACCCAAACCCUAUCAAGUGCAAUCUUUCUUCCAGUUGGGCAAAGCGUUUUUCAGAAUCGAUUGGUAUCAAAUCUGGAAUCAAUUGCCCCAGAUGUCAACGGUUCAUUAGUGCUGCAAACCGGUGCCACGUCGAUUCGGGACCAUUUCUCAUCAAAUCAGCUUCUCCAGGAAGGCAUAUAA